AUGUUAGGCGCUCUCGCCUCUCUCCUCGGUCUCUGGCUGCGGGCUCUUCUACAGCUUAGUCAAACGGUCGGCGACAUCUUUCUCUUCUAUUUGGUGGCGAUCUUCCAAUCGGCCCUUGCCAAUCAUGAAAGGCAGGGACUAUGGUGGGCUUUUCCACACAUGAAACCGGAGGGAACGCAGACAAUCACUCCGGUGACGCUACUUGGACGACGACGGCCGAGGGUAGACUCUGGUCAUCACUCCUCUCGGGGGGAGGCCAACCAGGUCGGGCCUGGGAAGAGGAAAGGAAGACAAGCCCUCGCACCUACCCAAGGCCACGAAUCCCCUCAUCCCAAGCGAGCACGACGUUCAAAACUGGUGAGGUGGCGAUUCUAUUUACCGUCGCCGGAGGAGGCAGCCAGGGAAUCACAAGAUUAUCAAAGUAUAUCGAAGCACCUUAAGGAGCAAAAAGAACAUACAAGGAUCCUGAGAGUAAGGUUGGAUACCCCUAGAUGCGAGCUUAGAUCCCGAAAUGGGGCGAGCACUGAACUUAGAUCCCGCAAUGGGACGAGUUCAAAUCUGUUUGGUGGUAGUACCCAGGCGCCGGAAAAUUGGAUCUGUCGUGGACCAGCGCCGGAACCGUUGAUCCCAGUUGCCUUCCGGCCGAGACCUCGCCCAAAACGUACGCUGCCAGGGAGGUUUACCGGCAAGCAAAACUUCAGUGGGUUCGCACUUUCUUCGGGAAUGUAUAACGGUUGA